GCCACCGGAAAAUAGGCGACCAAUCCUUCAGAAUUAAAUUCUAAAUUGAGAUUUUGCUCAUGUGUAGUAAUCUUGGACGUGAUUAAGAUUAAGAUCUGUUGCGUAAUAUAUUCGUUUCACGCAAUAAAUGUGUGUUGAUGGUGGAAUAGGAGUUGUCGGACUGAUUACACGUUCCAAUGUUUUCAACUUUAAACGUAUGUGAGACUUUUAUUUCGAAAUUUCCACCGUAAUCCCUGUUGUAGUUGGGUUACCUUGACAGGAGUUUGUGUCGUGCCUGAAAGGACUGUGAAGACUUGCAGCGGCUUCGACUUGAGGAGUGACAACUUACGAUGGCGGGUGCUUUUCAUGUGUUUGCUCUUCGCUCUUCCCGGUUGUGUGGACGGUGGAAACGGUAGCAGGACUGAGCUCACAGCCGUUUCAGGUUUUCUCGCCAGGACAAACCCUAACCGUGAACUCCUGCGAGGGUGGCUUGGAUAUUCAAGGACAUUUUAACGUUUAACGGCCUUUUCUGUCGAUUGAGGAAAUCCAGCGUGUGGUUCUCCAGCGCAAUGAUGUGGCCAGAUUUUGUAAACACGGGCAGAAACGGCGGCUGAUAUCAUAUAACACACUCCCGGGCUGAUGAUGUUCCUGUGCGUGUCAUCUUUACAUGUCGUACCCGCACCCCUUCCUCUGCUGAAGGGCCAAACAAAUGUAAAGGAAAUCGGUUGCUGACUCUCAUCUCAAUCAUGGCAUCGUUUCCACACCUCAUCAAGUCGGCGGCAGUUUGAAACAAACCCGUGUUGCUGGUGACAGUGGUGACCCCCCCAAAACACGCAAGAAAGGCCGGUGAACUUUGAUUUGCUGAGUGCUGGAGUGUGCUGAAGCCGGAGGUGCAUCACUGGUGUGCAGCAGGUCCAGGAACCGUCAAUGUGGACUUCAGCUGGUGAUUUGACAAGUCACAUAUAGGACCCCUCCGGAGUCUCUCCUGUCCCCUCUCCCCCUCCCUUUCCCUCUGUCCCUCCCUCCCCCCCUUCCCUUGUCAAUCUUCUCCCCGAUCCCCCUUUCCCCUCCUCCAAGAUUCACCAUGCUCAUCAAGGAGUACCGCAUCCCCAUGCCCAUGAGUGUGGAGGAGUACCGCAUCGCCCAGCUCUAUAUGAUCCAGAAAAAGAGCAGAGAAGAGAGCUGUGGUGAAGGCAGCGGGGUGGAGAUUCUCGAGAACAAGCCCUACACAGAUGGACCGGGUGGGACAGGCCAGUACACCCACAAGGUUUACCAUAUUGGCAUGCACAUUCCCAGCUGGUUCCGCUCCAUCUUGCCCAAAGCAGCACUGAGGGUUGAAGAGGAGUCGUGGAACGCCUACCCUUACACCCGCACCAGAUACACCUGCCCCUUUGUUGAGAAGUUCUCCAUUGACAUUGAGACGUACUAUAAACCUGACCAUGGCAACCAAGCAGACGUCUUCAACAUGUCUGCAGCAGAGAGGAGACAGAGGACUAUUGACCCAAUCGACAUAGUGACAGAUCCUAUCCCUCCUCAUGAGUACAAAGCAGAGGAGGACACACGGCUCUACCAGUCAGCCAAGACCCAGAGGGGUCCUCUACAGGACGACUGGAUAGAAGACUACAACAACAACCCAGGGAAGACCCCCAUCAUGUGUGCCUACAAACUCUGCAAGGUGGAGUUUCGCUACUGGGGCAUGCAGUCUAAGAUUGAACGCUUCAUCCAUGAUGUUGGACUGAGAAAGGUGAUGGUGCGUGCCCACCGGCAGGCCUGGUGCUGGCAGGAUGAGUGGUACGGUCUGACCAUGGAGGACAUCCGGCAGCUGGAGCUGGAAACCCAGCUGGCCCUGGCAACAAAGAUGGCCCAGUUCAGUCAGGCAGACGAGGCCACAGAGGCCAACGGAGGUGCUCCGUCCCCAGACAAAGACCAGGAGGCGAAAGAGGCGAUCAGCUCCAUUGAAGCUGAGGAGGUGGUUGUCAGCUCAGGAGGAGAGACUCUCCAGCCACGAGGUGUACUCACCAAGCAGUGGUCCACUUCAUCUCGGUCCUCCCGCUCAUCUAAGAGAGGAGUGAGCCCAUCACGUCACAGCAUCUCAGAGUGGAGGAUGCAGAGCAUAGCGCGAGACUCAGACGACAGCUCGGACGAGGAAUUCUUCGACGCUCAUGAGGAUUUCUCAGACGGCGAGGAGGUCCUCCCGAAGGAAAUCGCCAAGUGGAACUCCAACGACUUCAUGGACAAGAUUGAAGCUGCGGAGACAGAGGAAACCCCUGGUGAGCUGUUCAAGGAAAUGGCGGUGGAUUACGAAAGGGCGAUCAGCGAGGAAAGACUAGACGAGAUGCGUGGCUCGGUUAGAGGCCAAGCCGAUAGUUCUCCCAUUCCCACCAUCACGGUAACAAGGCACCAGUCUGAGAGCUCGUCCCAGCAGUGUCUGCAGCCGUCCAAGAUCCACGUGCUGAUCUUGGUUCUGCACGGAGGAAACAUCCUGGACACAGGCGGAGGAGACCAGAACAGCAAGCAGGCCGACGUCAACACGAUAAAUACAGUUUUCGACACAGUCAUGCGUGUCCACUACCCUGCGGCGCUGGGACGCAUCGCCAUCCGCUUGGUACCCUGCCCUGCCAUCUGUGCCGAGGCCUUCUCCCUGGUGUCCAACCUGAGCCCAUACAGCUACGAUGAGGGUUGUCUCUCCAGCAGCCAGGACCACAUCCCCCUGGCAGCGCUCCCCCUCCUGGCCACCUCUGCUCCGCAGUACCAGGAGGCCAUGGCCACCGUCAUCAUCAGAGCCAACCAGGUGUACACAGACUUCAUAAAGUCCCUGGAUGGCGCAGCCUUCUCCGGCCAGGUAUGCCUCAUUGGAGACUGUGUUGGAGGAAUCUUGGGAUUUGAUGCACUUUGCAGCAGCAAUCAGACAGUUAAUGAAAGCCAGAACAGCAGCCGCAGGGGCAGUGUCGUCAGUGUACAGGACCAGGACCUCCUCUCUCCUGGCAUCAUCGUCAACAGCGGUCACGGCUCAGCCUCUCCGACCCUGGAGGGCAGCCGCCACCUCAGUCGCAGUAACAUCGACAUCCCUCGCACCAGUGACGAUGCCAAGCGACAAAUGCCACGCAAGAGAAGUGACUCCUCCACCUACGAGCUGGACACAAUAAAACAACACCAGGCCUUCCUGACCAGCUUACACUCCAGUGUUUUGCGGAACGACACAGUCUCACGCAGGUCGAGCAGCAGCACUAUGCUGGAUGGAGGCUCCUUGGGGAAGUUUGACUUUGAAGUGUCUGACUUUUUCCUGUUUGGGUCUCCGUUGGGCUUGGUACUCGCCCUGAGAAAGACUGUCAUUCCUAUGCUGGACGUGGCCCAGCUACGACCCGCCUGUCAGCAGGUUUACAAUCUGUUCCACCCAGCCGAUCCCUCAGCCUCCCGCCUGGAGCCACUGCUGGAGAGGAAGUUUCACCUCCUGCCUCCCUUCAAUGUGCCCCGUUACCAACGCUUUCCCCUGGGGGAUGGAAACUCCGCCCUACUGGUGGAGACAGUCCAGAGCAACGCUCAGCUGCUACUUGACAGCGGGCCCCCCCUGUCCCUUCGCUGUCAGGAGACCAUCAGUGAGACCUGCAUCCCUGUGCCGGUGCUAAACUGGCAGGAGGGCUCCCUCAAAGCCACACCCACCACUAUGGAGUCGGAUGUUGUUCAGUCUCAUGGUGGUGUCUUCAUGGACAGUUCGUACCCCUCAUCCCCCGUAACGGGCCCCCUCUCCCGGGGCCAGCGGAGGGCCAGUGAGGUCAGCAUUGCCAGCCAGGUCUCAGGAAUGGCAGACAGUUACACUGCCACCAACAUAGCCAACACGAAAUCAUGCCAAAUUAACCAAUCCAAAAAGUUCAGCCUUCUGUCCCAGCUCGCCCUUACAUCACAAAACAAAUUCUUCCUGAAAACUCCUCCUAACUCCCGUAAGAAAACUGAGGCUGGCAAGGCUGACGGAUCUCCUGAUGCAGAUGUAGUGGCAGAGCUGGACAGUGAGGUGGACGCUAGUGACGUUCUAAGUCCCACUGGCCAGUACGAGAACUGCCUGUCACCCGGGCUGGACAAUGCUAUAUCUGAUCUGGUCUCACUGGACUCCCAGGCUGAAGUGGACCAAGUUGCAGCACGUUGGUGGGGCACAAAGCGGCUGGACUUUGCCCUGUACUGCCCCGAUGCUCUGACCGCUUUCCCCACAGUGGCUUUACCGCACCUCUUCCACGCAUCAUACUGGGAGUCCACUGAUGUUGUGUCUUUCCUCCUGAGACAGGUCAUGAGGCAUGAAAACUCAAGCAUCCUGGAGCUCGAUGGGAAAGAAGUGACUGAAUUCACCCCGUCCAAACCUCGAGAGAAGUGGCUCCGCAAGAGGACUCAUGUGAAGAUCAGGAACGUGACUGCCAACCAUCGCGUAAAUGACGCUGUGUUCACAGAAGACUCCCAGCAGACUGUGACAGGUCGCUUUAUGUACGGCCCUCUGGACAUGGUCACCUUGGCCGGAGAAAAGGUGGAUCUUCACAUCAUGAGGCAGCCUCCAUCAGGAGAGUGGGUGUACUUCAACACAGAAGUGACCAACAGCAGCGGCCGCGUGUCUUUUGUCCUCCCAGAGGACAAACGUCUGGGCAUCGGAGUCUACCCAGUCAAAAUGGUUGUCAGGGGCGACCACACAGUUGCAGACAGCUACCUGACGGUUAUUCCACGUGGCACAGAGUUCGUGGUAUUCAGCAUCGACGGGUCGUUUGCAGCCAGUGUGUCGAUCAUGGGCAGUGAUCCCAAAGUGCGGGCAGGAGCUGUGGAUGUCGUCAGGCACUGGCAAGAUUUAGGCUAUUUGAUCAUCUAUGUGACAGGACGACCAGACAUGCAAAAGCAGCGUGUAGUGGCUUGGUUAUCUCAGCACAACUUCCCUCAUGGCAUCGUCUCCUUCUGUGACGGCCUGGUCCACGACCCGCUCAGACACAAGGCCAACUUCCUCAAGUCGCUGACAGAGGUUCACAUGAAGAUUUUCGCUGGCUAUGGAUCAACCAAAGACAUUUCAGUCUACACCUCCAUUGGCCUCCCUCCCUCCCAAAUAUACAUCGUGGGAAGACCCUCCAAGAAGAUGCAGAACCAGUGCCAGUUCAUCACAGAGGGAUAUGCGGCUCAUUUGUCCCAGCUGGAGUACAGCCACCGUUCUCGACCAGCCAAGUCCAGCAGCGCACGCAUGGUCCUACGUAAAGGCAGCUUCGGCUUGGGUGCAAACAGCGACUUCCUGAGGAAGAGGAACCACCUGCUGCGCACCAUCUCCUCCCAACCGGCCCCCAGCUCCCCGACAGGCAGCAUCCACAACAGGCCCGAGCGCACACAGAGCCAAUCGGACGGCGAAAGGCUGGAGCGAGAGCGGCUGGAGUGCGCUCACAGCUACGGCCAGGGAGCUGCACAGCGCAGCAUGAGCAUCACAGCCAGCUGCUGGGGCCGCAGCAGCAGCACCAAGCUGGAGCCAGGCGUUCUCAGCCCCAAAUGAGAUGCGAGAGACGUUGUGAGAGCAGUUUCGGCAGAGUGACUUUAAAAUGCAAUGCUGAGGAAGAUACCCAAGACAAAGAUAAAUGCAAAGAGUGAAAAACAGUUGCACCAGAUGGGUAAAUACCACGAUGAAAACAACAGGUGCUACAAACCACUCUUUAUAAACUAAUGCCAGUCACACUCUACACAGAUAUUUAUGAACAGAGGCUUGAAUAUAUUUAUUAUACAACACACACAAACAGCAGACAUUUCAACGAGCAUCUUCCUGAAACAGGAACAUGCAUACAAAGAGACAUAGCAUAUAUUGUAGGGAUCCAGACUGUUUCUACUGUUUAAUAAAUAUUUAUCAGUCUUGAAUACACGGUCAGUUUUCCUCAUACAGCAGGCUUAUAGAUUGGAGAUGGUUACAUAAACAAGCACCCCAAUGCUGUAUACUUACAACACAAAGCUGUUACAGACAGCCUGAAUCUGCUCUGUAACAGACUACUGCCACUGCAAGCACAGCAAUUACUAAAGAGAUCAGCUUUGUUAAUAGAGGUUUUAAAGCUACGUCCUUUCUAUGUGAUAAUCAGAUAUGUUCUUGGAAAAGAGCUGAGAACCAGGUAAAACUGGAUUGAAUGUGUUUCUCAGUGUGAACAAACAAACACACAAUCAUUAAACAAAAGUUUUUUUUUUCACUUUUUUUAGCAUUAGCAUUAUUUCUAUUUAUUUUUUAUCUUACCAGGAUAAGGAUAACCAGGUCCCAUUGACAUUUAAAAAAGCUGUUUUUAAGGGAAUUCUGUCUGAAAUAAGCAGCAGCAGCAGCACAAGAUAAAAACAAGUGAUUGUAAUCAGACACCAAACAGAAGAUACAAUACAAGGGGCAAAGUGCAGCACAAGCCACACAUAUCAGUUUAACCCCAAGAGACCCGCAGGACCACCGGAGAUAAUUGUAGUUAGUCCUCGGCUUUUGGGCUUUUUUAGGUGUUGUUUGUUUAAUAUCUGCUCUAGCUCCACCAAAUUUUUGUACAAUAAUAUGGUAAUAAUUAUGGUCCAAAAUGAUGAAAUAUUGCUUUGUUGUAAUCAAAAUUGUAGUUUUUUCUUUGGGGAAGACCCUCAAACUCCUCAACAUUUGUGCACAUACAGUCAUGGAAAAAAUGAUUGGACCACCCUUGUUUUCCUCAAUUUAUUGUUCAUUUAAUGCCUGGUACAACUAAAGGUACAUUUAUUUCAACAGAUAUAAUGAUAACAUGGUUAUCUUGAUAAUGAUUUAGGUUAUUAUCAAGAAAACCAUGGAAAAUGGCUAGAUAUCAGCUCUUAAAUGAAACUCUUAUGAGCUAUUUUUGUUGUUAUCAUUAUAUUUGUCCAAACAACUAUACCUUUAGUUGUGCCAGGCAUUAAAAUGAACAAUAAAUUAAAGAAAACAAUGGUCUAAUUAUUUUUUCCAUGACUGUAAGUCUUCUUUAAACUAAUGCAGAAAACACUGCAUAAAAGCCCUUUUCCCACUGUCAUUACAAAUGUAUAAAAGUCCUGUGACCACGGAGAGUACUGUCCAGCUAUGAAGUACACAUACAUAGAUUUAAAAAACAGUUAUUGCUCUGUGAGACAAAAUGAAAUGAUUCGAUCACAAUCUACCACCUGUUGCCUGCACGCUUCUAACAUUUACAAACCAUAAUGACUAAAUAAUGUUUCUCCAAACCAUACAGUCCAGUUUUACUUGUUUUCUAGCUGUCCUUCAGACCAAAGAACCAUCCAAAUAUCACAUGAAGCAAACAGCGAAAUUACCCUUUAAUAACUACGGUUGCAGCUGAAACUGUUCCUGGGAUUUUCUAGCAUUUCACCACAUCUCACCGCACUGAGCUGCUGAACCUUCUGAGUCAGUAAUGUGUGACUCAGUUAUGGGAUAUAAACUCUUACUACUGUAUGGUUAAUGUGCCAAAGUAAACAGUAUAGAAUGAUAUGCUGUAAAUGAACAGACAGGAAGUGAGAAAGGUCUCUUGUGUAAAAAUGGAAUGGAUUGUGUAAGUAUGUGAUUGAAUGGCUUCACAAGGCUUGUACAUAAUUGUUAUAUUACAGUGCAGAUCUGGUAUCUGGUCCACUGAAGACCAGUUUCAAGUGUCUUCUUUACUCUGGGGGUAAACACCGCCUCAUUCAGGAUACACUUUAAUGAUUGAUGAUGAUAAUUAUUGUUAUUUAAGAUUAUAGAUAUUUUAAAAAUGUAUGGAUUUUGUGAACAAAAUGUGUUUUAAGAUUACUUUAUAGCUAUAUUGUGUUUUUAUUUCUUCAAACUUCAGUUGCAGCAGCCAAAACUAAAAGAGGUCUUUGCCUGGCACAGUAUUGUAUUUUUAUUAUGUUAUCUUGCAGAUCACCAGACUUGUAUCAACAGAACUGCUAUCUUGUGUCAUAUAUUGUAUGUUUAUUAUCUAUUUUGGAAAUUUGGGAUAAGGCUUCUCUCGGGUUAUCCCUACGCUGUAAAUGAAGCGUUGAAUGUGCUCAUAGAUAAUCCUCCUUAGGUUAAGGUCUCUUUUUUCUGUUCUGCUGCGCCUUUUAGAGGAAGAAAAAUCUGCAAAUUGUAAAUUCUGUACAAAAUGCUGUCAGAAGUAGGAACACAGAGCUAAGACUUACUUCAUGCUGUUCGCCAUUUGUUUCUGAAAUGGGUACAAAUUUGUGAUUUAUUCAUUCAAAUUAUGUUUAUUUGCCCCUCUAAUAGUCACGUAGAGAGAUGACUGCAAUGGACCAAUAUUGGCUCAAAUGUAAGGGAAACGUGCAAUAUUACUCAACCGCACCACAAACGGACUGUGUUGAGGAAUGGCACAGUGCAUUGACAAUCAGUUCAACAGGCACAUAUUCUACAGACGUCAAACUGCAGAGGGAAUAGGAACAUUCAUGAAACGCACAGGGUACUCAUGCAGCAUUGGUAGAUUUCGUUAAAAAACAAAGUGCCACUUACCUGAUAAUGGUGUGAAAUCUUCGCUUUGUUUUUGAGGCUUGGAUCACCGGUUCCAGACCCCCAGGGAGCUCGACACAAGAUUUAUUUUACUUUACACAUUUCUUAAUUGCAGAGUUGACAGUUUUGCUCUCAACCCUUUUCUGUUUGACUCCAUUAAAGCCACCACAAGGAAAAGGGUGCAAUGGAUUUAUAAUUCAAGACAAAGCAAGAGCAUCAUUGCAAAACAGAAUGUGGCACAAUAAUCAUUUUAUUUCAAGUUGUUUUCAUAAUCUAUGAGCAAAAAUUUUAAUCGCCCAGUGUAGUGACGUGUAACGCAUUCAGAGCUGUUUCUAGCAGUCUUGGUGAAGAAAGGUGUAGUUAUAAACCGUACCAAAGUCCCUCUGCGUUUUGACCAUUUCAGAGAUUCGGCCUGAAGCCAUACAUAAAAAUCUUUCGAAGGCUCUUUGUACAUUGAUAGCAAUUAGAGAAAAAAAGGGAAUACUGUAAAACGUACACUCAUCUAAAGAUGGUUACUACUCAACCAUAUGUCCUUCCGCAGAGAUCUGAAUCACCUGGGUACUCAAAUCCAGAGAAUGUAAAGAGGAAGCGGUGCGGUUAUCUGUGAAGUUUGGAUACCUCUGGGCAGAAAAUUGCCUCGAUUCUGCUUCUGACACACGCAUUACCAGAGGCCUUACAUUUCCCUUUUCUGCCUUACAUUGACCAUUGUGUUGCGAGGCCUGGAAUAACGCUGCUCACUCCCAAAUUGACAAGGAUAGACUGCUGCUGUUGAUAGACUUUGUGGAGAUAGGAAAAGGCCAUAUUUUCUUAAAAGGCUUUGGCUUGUUUUCACUUUCAAGGAAAUGUACAAAGGAGAAAUCUAUUUGACAUAUUUCACCACCAUUAGGCAAUCUGUCAAUGUCUCUAGCUCCCCGGGUUAAUGCAAUGCCACCGCUGUUAGAUCGACAGUUAGCAUUCAUAGGCUGUACAUAUAUAUAUGCAACAUACCUUGGUAAAUAUUUUCAUUGUACAGGGUGUGUAUCUUGUAGGUUUUGGAUAACUUCAUUUUAUCCAUUCCCUUGUGUUUUUAUGUACAGUGUAUAAAGAACAUAUAAAGAACAACUCA